GAGCUCCAACAGACCCAACAGCGAUGAUGUCCUCCGCCUCUGUUUCUGUAUGGCUGAUUCUGCUGUUUGGCUUCUUUCACCUCCAUAAGCUCGCUGCCAACGUAGAAGGUGACGCAUUGAACGCGUUGAAGACCAAUCUAGCUGAUCCAAACAAUGUUCUGCAGAGUUGGGAUCCGACUCUCGUCAAUCCCUGCACCUGGUUUCAUGUCACUUGUAAUAGCGAAAAGAGCGUUACUCGAGUCGGAAAUAGCGUUACGCGAAGUUUUUAACAUUUUUGCUCCCCCCAGUGAUCUUAACAAUGCCAAUCUCUCUGGUCAACUGGUGCCACAGCUUGGUGUGCUUUCCAAGUUGCAGUACUUGGAACUUUACAAUAAUAACAUAACUGGAAACAUUCCGGAAGAGCUUGGGGGUUUGUCGGACUUAGUGAGCAUGGAUCUUUACUUGAACAAUUUACAUGGUAGCAUUCCAGCGACACUUGGCAACCUUGCAAAACUGCGUUUCCUGCGUCUAUCCAACAACAACUUGUCAGGGAAUAUUCCUGAGACUUUGACUAACAUCCAAUCAUUGCAAGUCCUGGAUCUUUCAAAUAACAAUCUGACAGGGGAUAUUCCAGUCAAUGGAUCUUUUUCACGUUUUACUCCCGUCAGUUUUGCCAAUAAUCCUCGUCUGAAUCCACUUCCAGCCUCUCCACAUCCAGGUUACAACCGAAUUACGAACUCGCACCGUGCCACUAAUACUGCGGCUAUUGCUGGAGGGGUUGUUGCUGGUGCUGCUUUGUUGUUUGCUGCACCUGCAAUUGCACUUGCUUAUUGGCGACGAAGAAAAUCACAGGAUAAUUUCUUUGAUGUACCUGCUGAGGAGGAUCGAGAAGUUCAUUUAGGACAGCUCAAAAGGUAUUCUUUGCGCGAGCUACAAGUUGCGACGGGUACCUUUAGCAACAAAAAUAUUAUUGGUAGAGGUGGAUUUGGUAAGGUCUAUAAAGGAUGCUUAGCUGAUGGAACUCUGGUUGCUGUAAAAAGACUUAAAGAGGAGAGAACCCAAGGCGGGGAGCUACAGUUUCAAACAGAGGUUAAAAUGAUUAGCAUGGCUGUCCACCGCAAUCUGCUUCGUCUGCGUGGUUUUUGCAUUACACCAACAGAAAGGCUGCUUGUAUAUCCGUAUAUGGCUAAUGGAAGUGUGGCAUCAUGUUUAAGAGAACGUCCAGAAGGACAACCUGCACUUGAUUGGCCAAUAAGACAACGCAUUGCAUUGGGAUCUGCAAGAGGCCUUGCUUAUCUACAUGAUCACUGUGAUCCAAAAAUUAUUCACCGUGAUGUGAAAGCUGCAAACAUAUUGUUGGAUGAGGAAUUCGAAGCAGUUGUUGGAGACUUUGGGUUGGCUAAACUCAUGGACUACGAGGAUACACAUGUUACCACACCUGUAUGUGGCACAAUUGGUCACAUGGCACCUGAGCACUUUUCAACUGGAGUGUCUUCCGAGAAAACUGAUGUUUUUGGAUACGGAGUCAUGCUUCUUGAACUCAUCACUGGGCAGAAGGCUUUCAAUCCGCGGCUUGCGAGUGAUGAUGAUUUCAUGUUAGUUGAUUGGGUCAAACGACUACUGAAAGAUCGGAGGUUGGAAAGACUUGUUGAUGCUGAUCUAAAUGGCAAUUAUAUUGAUGAUCAAGUGGAGCAACUAAUCCAAGUAGCUCAACUGUGCACACAAGGCUCCCCAAGGAAACGGCCCAAGAUGUCAAAGGUUGUCCGAAUGCUUGAAAGCCAAGGUGAAGGCAAAGGAAUAGAGGGAAGAGGAGGGAAAAAAAGAGGGGAGAGAAUCCUACUCCAAAGAUGGGAGGAGUGGCAAAAAGAGGAGGUGAUCCGCCAAGAUUUCAACACUAUUCAUCAUCCAAGUAACACUGCUACUGGGGCUAUUGCUGGAGGGGUUGCUGUUGAUGCUGUUUUACCGUUUGCUGCACCUGCAAGUGCACUUGCUUAUUGGCGACCGAGAAAACCACAGGAUCAUUUCUUGGAUGUACCUGCUGAGGCGGAUCCAGAAGUUCUUUUAGGACAGCGCAAAAGGUUUUCUUUGCGCGAACUACAAGUUGCAACGGAUACCUUCAGUAACAAAAAUUUUAUUGGUAGAGGUCGAUUUGGUGAGGUUUAUAAGGGACGCUUAGCUGAUGGAACUCUGGUUGCUGUAAAAAGACUUAAAGAGGAGAGAACCCAAGGUUCGGAGCUACAGUUUCAAGCAGAGGUUGAAAUGAUUGGCAUGGCUGUCCACCGCAAUCUGCUUCGUCUGCGUGGUUUUUGCAUGACACCAACAGAAAGGCUGCUUGUAUAUCCUUACUCUUCUAAAUCGGUUGCUGCGUUGAUGAAUCUUUUUGUUCUCACGAAAUUAAAAAAUGGGUAAAUUACAUUUUACACCCUCAGGUUUGAAUGUAAUUGCAAUCUCAUACAUCUUUAAAACAUUUCAAUCUCAUACGUUUACUUAUCAAUUUUAGCAAUUUUAUA